AUUAAGCAAUCAUGCCUGGCUUGAUAACUGUCACACAACAACCGUUAUGGAGAGUGUUAACUGAUAUUUCGUUUUAAUAUACAAGAGCGGUUCAGGAGGAUAAAUGAUAAAUGGAGGAUCAAUAUAGAAAAAGGAAGAAGAAGGGACGAGUCGUCCCCUCUUCCGAGGAAGGUAGUCGCUUGGGCCCUGACAAUGUCGCCUUUGAAAUGGACUCGAUCAGGUCUGACAAUGACUUAUUCAAACAUCUACAAAAUGGGGUUCAAAACAAGAUUAACUCAAUAAGGGCCUUAGCACAAGUCAAAGAAGGUUUAUCCAGGUGGAGAAAUUAUGCUAACAGGCGAAGGAAAGUCAGGACAACAGUAAGCCUUACAGGUGAAGAAUCCAUGGAGACUUCAAAUACUGGCGGUAUUGGCUUGGAUGACAUCCAUAAGGAGUACACUUUAAGAGGACAAUUUACAGUUGGAGGUGACGUGGAUGGUAAGGCCAUCAAGGAUUUGGAAAUGUCGGUAGCUGCAAAUCGAUCACUUAUUCAGUACUUUGCUAAACUUGGUCAGUCUAACAAGGAUGACGAAUGUGUUAAUUUGGACUUCGUUGAAUCUCUGUUAAAUGCUGGAGCGGAUAUCAACUGCAUGGAUAAAUUUGGGCAGACAAUCCUACACGAGGUAGCACGUGCCUGGCACACAGAUGUCGCAAGAUUCUUGAUUGAAAAGGGUGCUAAAGUAGACAAAAAGGAUUCGUUUGGAAGAACACCAUUGCAUUUUGCUGCUGCAGUGGACUACCCCGAAAUGGUUAAUCUUUUGAUUGAGCUCAAAGCAAACAAAGAAGCUGUUACUGAUGGGGAAUUGCAAACUCCAGUUCACUAUGCUGCCAAAAAUGAUGCUUGUAAAUCCUUGAAGGCUUUAGCUAAACACGGAUGUAAUGUCAUGACAGUUAGAGACUAUAAGGGUCGUACUCCGAUUCAUGUAGCUGCAGAGUUAGAUCGAAGUGAAUCUUCACGAUUUCUUUUAACAGUGGGAGCUCCUGCAGGAGUAAGUGAUCAACAGGGACAAAAGGCCAUAGCCUUGAUGAUAACCAAAAUGGCACCUGUUGCUAACGAUGCGUUGAAUCAGUUCAGAACCACUGACCGUGCGAGUAGAAAACAAAAUGUUUAUCUCAAUCAUUUGGUUCAGAAUGAAACAUUACACCCACGAUGCCAAAGUCCAUUGCUUGUAGCUGUUAAUCAUCGGCAAUACAAACUGCUGAUGCACCCUUGCUUCAGAAGAUUGAUAGACGUGAUGUGGUCCAAAUUUGGUGCGAAGGGAGCUUGGAUAAAUCUUGUUAUUAAUUUUAUUUAUAUUGUUCUAUGGACUAUCAUAGGUGUAGCCAUAGAAUAUGACGAACGUUAUCUUUAUAAAUUCCCUGAUCAUUGGUGGAGAAUAGUGCUUCUAAUUUCUGCAGUGGCUCUUACUGUAUGGCAAAUUGUCGAAGAGUUUCGCGAAUAUCAGAGAUCUGUUGUGUCUCAUAGGAAAUGGGUGGAUUGGAGAAAAGAAGAGAUAGAAAGAGACAGAAAGUUCUGUCAUCCAAGGUGGCCAGAUGAAGAGAAAUUUCUAGAAAGAGAGUUAAAUGCAUUAAAGGAUGUGGAUCAAAGUUAUUUUAGUGAUAUGUGGAAUAUCUUUGACUGGACAUGCUACUUUCUACUUACUAUUUGUAUCGUCACCCAUUUGUUUGACAUCGGUAUGCAUUCUGAACAUCUUGCUAGAUGGCAUGUUCGUAUUAUGUGCGUGACAAUAAUCCUAUUGUGGCUGAGACUUAUGAAAAAUGCUCGUGCCUUUACUCUGCUUGGUCCUUUCAUCGUAAUGUUGGGGCACAUGCUCAAGGACUGUGUACGUUUUUUAUUCCUCUACCUUGAGUUUUACAUACCAUACGCAUGCGCCUUUUGGAUGAUUUUUGGUGGUGACAGAAGAGCAGAAAAAGAUAUUAACGAUCUUACAGAAGGAGAAACAAUCAUAGUGGAUGGAUAUGAAUAUCCUGGACAAGUAUUAUUUAGUCUCUUCCGUUUGACGCUGGUUGAUGAUUAUGAUUUUGCAAACAUGUACUUAGUUGAUUCAGUUAUGGCAACUUUAUUGGUCUGGUCAUGGCUAGCCCUCUCUGCUGUACUUUGCCUAAAUCUCUUUAUUGCCUUAUUGUCAGACACCUUCCAGAGAAUUUAUGAUAACGCAAUAGCCAAUUCCGUUAUGCAACGGGCCAUUACUAUUCUGAGCAUCUGGGAAAAGAUGUCAAAGAAGCAAAAGUACAAGUUUCAAGAUUUUAUUGAUAAAAAAUGCUCCCCUAUUGAGGAUUACUAUGAUGAUGAUUUAACAGAAACUGGUGAAGCAGACAUACAAAAGGUUACCGUUCAGAUCAAGGAAGUGCUCGAUGACAUGCAAGAGCAGUGGAAGUUUCACUUUGGAGAAACUGAGGAUCAACCGUUGGAAGAUGAUCCAAAACCCACACAACUUCCAUCAGAUAAAAACAAAAGGUCAUCUAGCAUGAUUACCAGCAGAAAGUUUGAUUUUGAGAUUGGUAAGAUACACGAAAUGAUCGCCGAACUGAGUCUACAGCAGGAGAAAAUAGCUACAACAUUUAAACACGACCUGAAGUCUGUAAAAAAUAUGCUCAAAGAACUAACAGGACGACGACCAAUUGUGCCAACAAACGAAAGAAGCAGACAAGCAUAUGAUGAAAGAGAGUUGAGUGGCAUGCCGACCACCCAAGUAUCACCAAUGCAGGGAUCUGUUGUAGAACAAGUGACUUCAGAUGGUACUGCUUUAGACCUGGGUGUGUUUCCACAAGGUGGUGCCUUUUCUUCCCAACCCACAGAAAAUGAAGUAGAAGUGACAACUGCUCGUUUUACCACAAAUGAUUUCCCUGACCUGCCACGCCAUGAUUCCACAGCCUAAGUAGUGUUAGGAGUUGUAAAUAUAUUUGUGACUUAUUUAUUUCCAUUUAUGUAUUGAACUUGGUAAAGAUUUACUGGAAUAUGUAAAGUCUUCAAAUGAGAAAUGGUAUCAGGUGUAAUAUAUAAAGAGUAAGCAUAGCCUGCAUUAUGCACAAAAAUGAACCAUUAACAACCUUGCAGGAAUCAUUUUUGGAGCUAAAAGAAACUUUAAAUGUUAAAUAUAGGCUUAUAUCACUAACUAGACAGGGUUUUUAAAAAUUUUAUAUGUUUAUAGUUUAGACUUUUGAUGACUGAAAAAUCAUUUUACCAUUAUAUAUAUCAAAGAUGCAUUAUGUAAGAUUUAAAUCAAGGGCUGACAGUUCUCGCUAUAAAAAUGAAUAUGUUGAAAAUUCCAGUCAAAUUAUUUCAUUCUGAGCUAUUUUAGGGCUGUUUGGAGUCUGGUUUGUCAUUGCUACUGUUGUUAUGAUAGUAAACAAAGUCUUGUUUAUCCAUCAUUAACUGGCAAUCUUGAAAAUCAAGACUAUCUGAUGGCCUAUGGAGUUGAUUAUGGUCUUGUCAUGUUAAUAAAUGUCUAAUUAAUAAUUUAUAUAACAUUUAUGGCCUAAAGAAAUACCUGCAAUAGCCAAAUUUAGCUCUUGAAUAAUGCAUUUUUAAAUGGAAACAUAAUCUUCUAAGUGCCACAAUUCUACAUCGUUUUUUUUAUUUAGUUUUUUAUACAUUGUUAUUAAAUAUCCUUUUAGUUUAAAUUAUUUUAUGAUCCAACUAUCUGUGAUAUUUUAAUUUAAUCAUUGAAGCAUUUAUAAUAAUGCAGAAUAUAUUUAAACAUAUUUAUAUUUGAUAUACUAAUAUAUAUAACUGACGAAAACACAACCAAUAUUGAAAUAUCAGGCUUGUUUGUUGUAACAAUAGUGCAUAAAUGCAUUCAUCUUCCCAGAAAACAUCAUAAACAUUUUCUUUCUAUGGUGCAUGGUAUUUUCAAUGUGUUAAAUGAAUGCAAGUAGAUAUUAUUUCCUGUAUAUUUUACAACAUUAAAGAAAGGUUAUCGUUUUACUUGUGUAAAUUUAUAUUUUUUUUAUAGUGAAAUGUAUCAUAAUUUGUAAUGGCAUUAUUUAAAGAUCUGUUCCAUUGAGGUAAAUUAUAGGUCAAGAAUGUUUAUUAAAUUAGAUGGCACUUGACAGUAGUCUGAAUAGAGAAGCAAUAUCAGAGACCGCAUUUGCCAAAGAAUUGUAAACAUCAAAAAAAUUAUGAGCUAGUAUACCAAACUGUGUCUGUAUGCUAUUAAAUAGAGGAAGAUUUGAGACAUUUUAUCUAAAAUUCAGAUCACUGUUACUCUGCAAUAAAGUUUAGAUAUAAUACUCGGAUAUCAACGAAUUACAAUCCUGAUACUCAAAGGAAUAUAUCUUUAAUAUAAUGGUCGACUGGUAUAUAAUUCAUAAUGUAUACUUUUAAUAUUCUUUCAGUGUAUGUUUAUAUAGUAUAUAAACUUAUUUUCAUACA